AUGCUAGGCUUUCCUGGAAUAGCUUUCAGGCAAAUAAGGACGUGGAAGAGUGCGGGAUUGGCUUACCAAAGCAAUUCUUAUUCAAGAGCAGAUACGAUCACACCGCCAUCAAGAGAUACAAGACCUAAAGCCCUUACUCCAAGAGAUUCAAAGCGGCGUUAUCCCAGCAAGCCUUACACGCAUAGCCCUCUCCCUAUCGGUCGAGUGACUUCAUACCUUUCGCUUAUAUCUAGUGAAAUUGAGUGA